CACAUCCUCCCUGAUCUGUGGGAGAGAGGCGUGCUGCAGCUGUGUGGGAUCCGUUCGCUGCGGAGAGAGAGAGAGAGAGAGAGAGACGGGAAGGAGAAAGAAAGAGGCAGACAGAAAGAGAGAGAAUGAGAGGAGGCUCCCUUAUAAACCCUAGGAUCAGAGGACGCCGCUUUCUGUUUCUCGUGUGGAUUAAAAUAAAACUGCCUUUAUUCAGGUCCUCGGAGAGCUUUGUAGCACCAUGUCAUUAGCGUUCAGAGUGCGUUUGGUGUAAUGAGAGGGCAGUUUGUGAGCAGAUGAUGGACGUUGAGGCGUCAUAUUCAGAGUUCAUAAACUGUGAUCGUACCGGUCGCAGGAACGCGGUGCCAGACAUUAAAGGAGAGGCAGCAGUGGUGGGGACCAGCGAACUAACCAAAGACAUGGCUCAGAUAGACCUGAAAGCUGCAGAGGGAGAUGCUUCUGGAUCUCCAGCCCCUGAUACAGAGGCCUCCGGGAGCCAGGACAAUCAGGGGACAGAGGGACCGUCAUAAGGAUAAAGAAUGACCUGGAGGAGAGAGGAAAGCUGAGGAGUUCUCUCCUUUUCUCAUCAAAAUUCUCCUCAUCUUUGCUCAUCGGGCAGCAGUGAAGAGUUCCUCUCAUAGACUGCCAUUAAGGUGGAUGUCCACCCAUUGCAUGCUGUUGAGUGCCUAAGAGACAGAUGGAGAAGACACUGCCUUUGCAAACACCACUAAAUGGGACGAAUCUGUCAAGGACUGUAUUCAUUCACAGCGCUGAGUGAGGGGGAAGUUGUUUUUUCUUACAGAGGUUGAACAGAAGCACAGGCGUUUUGAUAUUUUUCCAACCUAAACUUAAACUAAACAGUUCAAUCUCAUGUUGAGCUACUGUAUACUAUAAAGUACCAAAUAUAGCCUUUUUGUUACAGCCUAUGACAUGGAUGGCUCAAUUUUAUUUUAUUUUCUUUUUUAAAACAAUGACCACUACAGUUGAAGGAGGUCUGAUUAUAUUCUCAAAUAUUGCCUGAGGUCAGAAGAGAUUUGUUUCUGUACUUCAUUACAUACUGUAACACAAAUGUAACUUAACAAUAUUUAUGUAGUAUCUAAGUUACUGCUUUCUGCUUCUGACACUGUUUUGUGGUUUUUGUCAAACUCUCAAGAAACACUUGUUGAAACACAUUGCAUUUAUAUAGUGACUAUAAAUGGAAGUACCUCAAAAUAAACAGGAAUGACGUUA